UAUGCGCUCUCCACAGUGGACCAAGGCAUUCCACGUGUCAGAUCCAUCAUCCAUCGUUCUGUCCUCCAUCUCGAGGCACCCGUCCCUUUGCUCGUCAGUACCACAGACAUUCGAACGCCAAAAGUAGGGCAAAUCUUGGCGUCCGAUGGUAACAUCGCUGAAAUAGCCUGGUGGAUCGAAGGCGCGUCCGAGCAAUACCGCAUCACAGCCCGCACCCACAUCCUUCCAUCCAAGAACAAUCCCUUGUAUGCUAACUUUCCGUUCACACGACUUUCCCCCCAUUUGGACCUAGAAUACGCCCAACAAUGGUGGGAAGAACAACGUAUUGACCAUUUCAACAACAAAAUGGGAGGAGUGUUACGCGCAUCUUUCUGUCGUGCUACCCCCGGCGCAGACCUCCCUAGUGGGUAUGACACUGCCAAGAAAUGGCCUCAGGAGUUACCAAAAUAUGGACUGACGGAGCAUGGAACGAAGGAAGAGGGCCAAGUCCGAGAGGCAUUGGGGAAUUUCUCCCUAUUGGUCUUGGAGCCGUUCGCUGUUGACAGGGUGGAGCUUGGUAUUGUUCCGAAUAGACGUACUCAGUGGGAUUUCAAGGGCGAAGUUUGGGUCGAAAAGAUAGUGGUUCCCUGA